GGUUUACUACUGGCCCCACACCCGUUUAUCGACAUCCGUGUUUAUGAUUUCAACGAGAUGUACUUGCAGUCAGUUGUCAAUCACCGGCACAACCGAAUCGGAGCGGCCAUUCGUGCUAUCUGGAUUUCAGUUCAUCACCGUCGAUCACAACUUUUUGCAUUCGAUUUCUACUCAAUCUGAACUUCAACCUAUACAUAACUGCUAUCCAGGUUAAUCACAAUCAGCAGAUCAUCAAAUUACUUGUUUUCUUCACGAUCAAUAGCAGUUAACAAGCUAGCAACACAUACACAAAGGUUAAUUACAAUCAGUAUCGUCGAAUUAGUUAAGGCUUUGUUCACGAUUGAUAGCAGUUAACAAGCUAGCAACACAAAUCUGCAGAGAUUCAUUGACGACGAUAAACAACGGUUUGCAGAGUUUGGUUAUGAAUUGAUCCGGUGUAGUCUGAGGAUUUGGAAGACUCAGGUUAUAGAUUAGGAGAUGGCCUGGUUUAGUGGGAAGGUUACGUUAGGGAACUUUGCGGAUAUAGCCGGAGCAGUUAAUAAGUUCAGUGAGAGUGUGAAGAAUAUCGAGAAGAACUUUGACAGUGCUCUUGGAUUUGAAGACAAGGCUGGUGGUACUACUUCUACUACUACUUCUACUAAUGAAGCUUCAGGGUCAUGGCCCACUGACAUAAUGGCUUUUAUGGGACAAAAAAAAGAGGAUAGCACUGCUGAAUCCAUAGAAAAAGUUGAAUCUUCAGGUCCUCAAUCUUCAUCUUCUGUUAAAGAAAAAGAAGUGCCCGUACCCGAUAAUUUGCCUGAAGAAAAUUUAGAGCGUGAAGAACAUGAAAGUCAUCCUUCAGAAAUAGAUAUUUCCGAAAACCCUCAGGAAAUAAAUAUUAUUAAAAGUGAGAAUUCAGAUGGCGUUGCAUCUUCCGAUAAUGCAGACAAUGUUGCAUCUUUCGAUAAUGCAGAAAAUGUUGCAUCUUCCGAUAAUGCAGAAAACAUUGCAUCUUCCGAUAGUGCAGACAAAGUUGCAUCCUCUGAUAAUGCAGACGAUGUUGCAUCCUCUGAUAACGCAGAGAAUGUUGUAUCUUCCGACAAUGUAGAAAAUGUUGCUGAACAAUCAAAUAUUGCAAUAUCUGACGAGGCUACUACGACCGCUGCUGAAGUUGAUUCACAAGCGGAAUUAAAUGUGGAUCGUGUUGAGCUGUCAGAGUUUGUGGGCAAGUCUGAAUCAAUAGUAGACGAGUCAACUGAUGGCGUUGACCAAGUUGUGGCUGCUUCUGAGCUAAAUGAAGUUCACCCUACUCCUGAUUUGAAGUCAGAAGAGGCUUCACAUGAAGAAUCUGUUUCUGCGGUUGAAGUAGAGAAACCGUCGGUAGAUGGUGAAACUGGAAGUUUGUCUGAGAUUAAUGAAGGUCAAUCUGUCACACUUGAGGAAAUUAAAGUUGCUGAAGAAGGUCAACUGCAUUUAUCACAAAAUCCAGAUGAUGUGUCUGUCAUUAUCUCUGAAGCGCUAUCGAAAAAAGACGAUUCAAAUUCGAUGGCUGAACUGGAGAAGGUAACCCGUGAGAUGAAAAUGAUGGAGGCUGCACUUUUAGGGGCUGCUCGACAAGCUCAGGCAAAAGCUGAUGAAAUUGCAAAGCUGAUGCAAGAGAAUGAGCAACUGAAGUCUAUAGUCGAGGAUCAAAGGAGAAAACCAAGUGAAGCAGAUAUCGAGUCUCUACGAGAAGAGUAUCAUCAAAGGGUAUCAACUCUCGAAAGAAAGGUUUAUGCUCUCACAAAGGAAAGGGAUACCUUACGUAGAGAGCAAAAUAAAAAAAGUGAUGCUGCUGCUCUUCUGAAAGAAAAAGAUGAAAUAAUCACUCAAAUUAUGGCAGAAGGUGAAGGGCUUUCAAAGAAACAAGCUGUUCAAGAAUCUCAGAUUAGGAAAUUGCGGGCGCAGAUUAGGGAGCUUGAAGAAGAGAAGAAAGGACUGAUGGCCAAACUACAGGUUGAAGAGAGUAAAGUAGAGAGUAUAAAGAGGGAUAAAGCAGCUACAGAGAAACUGCUGCAAUUAACAAUAGAGAAAAAUCAGGCUGAACUUGCUACACAAAAAGAAUAUUAUACAAACGCAUUGAAUGCAGCUAAGGAAGCUGAAGCAUUAGCCGAGGCCCGGGCAAACAGUGAAGCCAAAACUGAAGUUGAAAGCCGCCUAAAAGAGGCUGAGGAGCGUGAAGUCAUGCUAGUUCAAACCCUAGAAGAGUUGAGACAAACCCUAAGCAGAACUGAGCAGCAGGCAGUUUUUAGAGAAGAUAUGCUUAGGAGAGACGUUGAAGACCUUCAAAAGCGUUAUCAAGAAAGUGAGCGUAGAUGUGAAGAGUUGGUCAUGCAAGUUCCUGAUUCUACUAGACCUCUUCUGAGACAGAUUGAAGCUAUGCAGGAAACAAAUGCUAGAAGAGCAGAAGCUUGGACUGCUGUAGAGAGAUCACUAAACUCACGGCUUCAGGAAGCGGAGGCCAAAGCUGCAGCUGCAGAGGAAAGAGAGCGAUCCGUAAAUGAACGUCUAUCCCAAACAUUGUCUCGAAUAAAUGUUCUUGAAGCUCAGAUAUCAAUUUUAAGAGGCGAGCAAACACAGCUUGCUAAGUCCCUUGAAAAAGAAAGACAAAAGGCAGCAGAAAACCGACAGGAAUAUUUAGCCCUAAAAGAAGAAGCAGAUACUCAUAAAGAUCGUGUGAAUCAACUUGAAGAAGAAAUAAGGGAACUUAAGAGAAAGCAUAAGCAAGAUUUGCAAGAAGCAUUGACUCAUAGGGAACUCCUCCAGCAGGAUAUAGAACGUGAGAAAGCUGCCCGUUUGGAACUGGAAACAACGACUCGCCUUCAGAAUUCUAUUAUUCCCGAACAAAGUCCGCUAGCAAGAACCAAGUCUGCCUAUGAAAAUGGCUUGGCUCGCAGACUAUCAAAUGCAAGCAGUUUAGGUAGCAUGGAGGAAAGUUUUUACUUGCAAGCAUCGUUGGACUCUUCUGAUACUUUAUCUGAAAGGAGAAAUAAUGGAGAACCGAUCAUGAGCUCAUAUUAUCUGAAAAGUAUGACCCCAAAUGCUUUUGAAGCGGCCUUGAGACAAAAGGAGGGUGAACUUGCGUCUUAUAUGUCUAGAUUGGCAUCUAUGGAAUCCAUUCGUGACUCUCUAGCUGAGGAGCUGGUUAAGAUGACUGAGGAGUGUGAGAAAUUGCGGUCAGAAGUGUCUCAAUUGCCUGGCUUGAAAGCAGACAUAGAAGCAUUAAGACGCAGGCACUCUGCUGCACUUGAGUUAAUGGGUGAACGAGAUGAAGAGCUUGAGGAGCUUCGUGCUGAUAUUGUGGACUUGAAGGAGAUGUACCGAGAACAAGUAAACAUGCUUGUAAAUAAGAUCCAAGUGUUAAGUUCAUCGAUUACCUCUGCCUAGGUUCCAGCUACAGUUCGUGAUGAUGGUACAUGUUGUAAUAUAUACGGUAAUACAUCAUAACAUCAAGUUUCUGUAUUUAUACUCGUUUUUGUCGUUUCCACAUUUCAUUGUUUUUCCGGAAUUAAUUUGUGUUCCGUGUUUGCAUUUGUUGUAUAACAUGUCUUUUGUUUUUUGAUGAGGGUUAUAGCUAGAUUUUUUUACCGAGUUUGAUGCAUAGCCGAUCAUUUGUAAGAUUCAUAUCAACGUUUGCUUCAAACACC